AUGGAUUUAGUUGUAUCAGUUGGAUCACCUUCUACUGAAUAUUGGAAGGAAGGAGAUCAAGUUCGAGAGUUCUACUAUAGCAGUCUAGGUGGUUGGCCAUGUAUCAGAUCGGUAGAUCCAGUCGGUAAGGGUUUCGAAUUCGUAUGGAAGAAACUGCAGCGUAAGGAACACGAUACCGGUGUCUAUGAAGAUAUCAACCAAGCCGACGACGAUGAAGACGAAGAGGACAACGUCUCAGAUGAGCACUUCAAUGCGCUGAAGGAAAAGUACAAGAACAAAUCAAAAGACUGGCUCAAGGACAUUGAUCACUACGAAAUCAUGGGUCUUGGUCAUCUGCGCUGGCGUGCCACCGAGAACGACAUCAAGGUUGCCUACAAAAAGAUGAUUUUAAUUUGUCAUCCCGAUAAGAACGAAGGUGGAAGUGACGAAGCUUUCAAGACUCUCCAAAAGGCCUACGAUGUCUUGGGUGAUCCAAAGAAGAGAAGAACCUACGACUCAAAGGAACCGUUCGACGACACAUUGCCAUCAUCGUACGAGGCGGACCGUGGUGAUUUCUUCAAGGUGUUCGAACCAGUGUUUGAGAUGAACUCGCGUUGGUCUAGCAUCCAGCCAGCUCCAAAGAUUGGAAACAUGGAGACACCAUACGAGAAGGUCUUGAAGUUCUACGACUUUUGGUGGGGUUUCAAGUCGUGGCGUGACUUUUCGUUUGACGAUGACUACGAUUUGGAGCAAGCAGAGUCACGUGAUGAGAAGCGUUGGAUGGAGAAACAAAACGAAAAGAAGCGUUCCAAGUUGAGAAAGGACGAGUCUUCGCGUAUCUUGGAGCUUGCCAACAUGGCCUACAAGAGAGAUCCACGUAUUCUAAAGAAACAACGUGACGAAGAGCAAGCCAGACAACAAGCCAAGCAAGCCAAGAUCGACGCCAAGCUCAAGGCACAAGAGGAGAAAGAGAGAGCGGAACUCGAAGAGAAACAACGUCGUGAAGCAGAGGAGAAGCGUUUGAAGGAAGAGGAACUCGAAAAGAAGAACAAAAAGAAAGAGGAAACAAAGAUUAUCAACCGUGCCAAGAAUGGAUUCCGUAAGCUUUGCUACGGUCCACCAGAACCACUCUACAUGCCAUCGCCACCAACCAUCGAGGAAGUCGAGUUCAUCUGCGGUGAACUCUCACAUUUGGAAUUGGUUGAAUACACUCAAGAGUUGAGUGCAAUGGCCGCUGAAACCGAGAAGAAGAGGCAAUCGUUCAAAUCGAAAUUCGAAGCUCUCCAAAGCGACAAGAAAGAACGUGAGAGAAUCGCCAACGACAGCAAGAAAGCCAAACAAGAGGAGAUUCAAAACGAUAGGCUGUGGACUGACGAUGAGUUGUCACAGUUGGCCAAAGCCAUUCAAAAGUUCCCAGCCGGUUGCCAAAACAGAUGGGAGAGUAUCGCCACUAUGGUUCCAACACGUUCUCUCAAGGAGGUCAUCAACAAAGCAAAGGAGGCGCAACCCACCAAGGCAUUUGCCAAGCCAGCCGUUCAAACUACAUCGGCCUACGAGAAGUUCAAAUCAAAGGUUGGUGAGAAACCAAUUGCUUCGGAUCUAACUUCGAGACAAGAGAUCGAUCCAACUGCGCCAGCUGCCGUUGCACUCAAGGUUGCCAAAGAAGCUGCACCAUCAAAGGAAUCAUCUACAACAACAACAACAUCAACAACAGCAACAUCAACACCAGCUGCACCAUCAAAGGAAUCAUCCACACCCAAAGAAGAUAAGAAGAAGGAAGAGCAAUGGAGUGUCGAUGAGCAAAAACUACUUGAAGAAGGUUUACAAAAGUUUGACAAAUCACUUGGUGAUCGUUGGGAUCAGAUCGCAAAGAAUGUUGGAACUAAAUCAAAGAAAGAGUGUGUUGCUCGUUACAAAUAUUUAGUUGCUCUCUACAAAUCAAAAUAA